AUGGAAAGAUUGUCAACCUUGUUGAUGGGCUUUGAAUUGCCGGUGUUCAACAUGUACUUUGUUCGUCAGGCUAUUAGAUACUCCAUCUUAGGAUUUGGAAUGGAUGAGGACACACUUACCAGGGCGAUCAUCUCAGGGUCCGAGAUCGGCAUGAACAAGAUCAAAGAGGAAUACAAGGUCAGGUUCAAGACCACGGUCACCAGCGACAUUGUUGAUGACACCUCCGAGUAUUACAAGGACUUACUGCUGACCUUGAUAGGGAGUGAAGAUUAA